AUGGUUCCGUUUGUGGACCAGGCCAACCAUGGGAAGCCACACUUGGAGUUCCGCUGUCACAAAGGCAGCGUGCGGGGCCGGGCGAUCCGCCACAUAGCUCCCGGAGAGAUCCUGCAAUCCUACGGAGAGCUCUCAGCUGCCGAUUCCUUGUAUCGCUACGGCUUCGCAGAUCUGGCGAAAACCUCCGCGGAGAUCACCCUGUCAGCAAAAGAGGUGGUGUCCAUCUCUGUCGAAUUGGUGCAGGCGUCGGCAAAACGGCACGGCUGCGUCGGCAAGCUUCCCCGAGCUCCCUUGCUGGAAAAGCUGGGAGUUGUGGACCCUUCUCCAUGGGAUGGCGUGGAGGACCUGCUUGGGGUGGAGCUGUCCCUCAGCCGGCGUCCAGCAGCAAGCGGGGGUGUGAGAGGCCUGCGGGCAUUGCUGGUCGUGGCCAGUUGCUACGCCAUGGCCGACGAGGACUGGUCCGCCCUGCCCUCUGGCCCAGCGGCCGAAAGCUCUUUGGCAGCCGUGUUGGCCGCAGGGGGCCGAAAGCUUCCGCCACCAGGCGUCGCCUGGGUGUCACGCGCUGCGUUGGUCAUCUGCAUUGGGGCACUGGAGCUCCGACAGAAGGCUUACCGCACAUCCAGCUUGACUGAGGAGGAGCAGCAAUACGACGCAGAGAUGAAGCAGAAGGCUCACUUUGAUCCCGUGCACCUGGGCCUGCGCCAACUUCGCAUCAUCGAGCAGCGCAUCCUGAAGACAGCCUUGGAUUUCGUGAGGACCAUCCUGGACUCCCACUUGGGAGUUUCCGAAAAUUAG